UUUAACACUUAAUUUACAACGAGAACUAGAUACUUUUAACAUGGGUGAACGAAAAGGAGUAAAUAAAUAUUAUCCCCCCGACUAUGACCCAAGGGUCGGGGGUCUCAACAAAUUCGUGGGGACUCAUGCCCUAAGAGAAAGGGCUCGGAAGAUCGACAAAGGUAUUAUUAUUAUACGUUUUGAAAUGCCAUAUAAUAUAUGGUGUGAUGGCUGUAAGAAUCACAUUGGAAUGGGUGUAAGAUACAAUGCAGAAAAAACUAAAGUUGGAAUGUAUUACACUACUCCUGUGUAUGAGUUUAAAAUGAAGUGUCAUCUAUGUGAUAAUCAAUUUGUAAUUAGAGCCGAUCCAGCAAAUUUAGACUACGUUAUUCAAUCAGGAGCUAGAAGACAAGAAAAUCGUUGGGACCCAACAACAAAUGAACAAGUUGUACCUGAAACCAAAGAAACUCAAAAAAGACUAUUUGAUGAUUCUAUGUUUAAGCUUGAGCAUGGUAGUGAAGAUAAGACUACUGCAGAAAGUGUAAAACCUGGACUGGUCAAACUGUUUAACAGGAAUGAAGACGUUUGGGCUGAUUCUUACUCUGCUAAUCAAAUGCUUAGAGCACAAUUCAGGAAGGCCAAUUAUGAAGCAAAACAAAAAGUAACUCAUGAUCAAGUUCUUCUAAAAAAAUCCAGCCUGGACAUUCCUCUUUUACCUGAAAGAGAAGAAGACAAAAAAGUAGCAUCUCUUCUGAGCAUGAAACUAAAACCGUCAAAAAGUAUAGACGAACAUAUGGAAACUAUAAGAAAAGAAAUCAUAUCACAGUCAUCGCUGCCUACAUCUAACUUUUCGAGGAGUAAAGAGGAUAAAGCCAUGAAAAUUUUAAAUCAAAGUCAAAAAGAUUUGGGAAUAAUCAAGAAAAGAGGUAAUAAGACUGAAACGGAGGAGAAAGAUGAACCCAAAAAAGCAAAAACAUCAUUAGUUGGAGAUUAUGGAUCAACAAGUGAAUCAGAAUGAAGAUAUACCAAUGUUAGAGAAUGUAUCUGUUGAUAUAAAAAAGGAGUGAAUCAAGAUCUAAUGUUCAAAUGAGUGAGAUUUGGUUAAAUAAACUAACCACCAGUUAUCUAUCGGAAGCAAAAGAAUGAAUCCUGGUGAAACAAGGAAAUCUGGUUUUUAUUGAAAUUUGUUAAAAAACCUUUUAAGAUUUCUUAGAUAAGACUACAACUACACCAAACGGCAAGAUAAGAGCAAAUUAUAGAAGUUAUAGUAUAUAUGCAAGACCUACCUUAAAAGUUACAAUCUUGUGAA